CGUCAGGGUGUCUAUAUAGAAAUUUGUGAAAAAUAUCUAUUAAGCUUUAGUCACCCUGUCUGUAUAGAAAUAUUUGGAAAACGUGUCUAAGGCUGUCGUCACAUUUUCUGUUUAGACAUUUGUGGAAAGUGUGUCUUUCGCAGUACCAAUACAAAGACUGUAAGUGCUUUUAUAUUUUCUGUUCCUUUAGGAUCAUGGAGUUCAUUCAAUAUACCAGGAAUAGAAUUCCGCAUAAGCCGGUGCUCGGGGCAUGAGGGGAAUUGCACUUUCCAUUACCUCUCAUGAACUUACUCAAUCAAACCGAGUCAGCUCUUAUUUUACUUGGUUGCAGUCUAUUGUGCUUCCAAAGGAUCUUCUUUUAGAUUUUAUUUACUCUAUCAUAUAUACUUAAAAAUUUCAACUUUGAUAAAUUGCUUUCUGUUUCACUUAUAUUUAAUAUACGUUCAUUUCUGUUUUAAAAAUCCCCUUGUUCAUUUAGGGGCAUGUUCCUUUAAUAUCGUGUAUAUGACACGUUUCUUCAAACCAAACUGACAUUCGGGGUUAGUGCAAAUGCAUUACAAUUGUUUCGUGUUCAUAUUGCGUGUGCGUGUUUUAAUUGAUUUUAAUUACAAUAUUUUUGUUUGACUAGUCACGGGUUUAUAGUUUAGUAACGCCUUCAUUUCUUAUCAUUCUACUUUAACUGUAUAUUUUUAUAUAUACAUUACACAAAAGCUGUAUAGUUAAGACUAAGCAGAUCAAAAUACUUAUCUAACUAUGUUUGUGAAGUAUCUACGACUGUGUGUGUUAUUGACAACACUGAGUGCACAGAUACACCUUGGGUUAUGUGCGGACGGAAAUGAUGCUAAGAAUCUUAGAACACAAUUGUUUGUAACGGACGGAUACGAUAAGAGAAUAAGACCUUCGAACAACCAGUCUGAUCCUAUAGAGGUGUACGUGAGUUUUUAUUUAUUGUCCAUCAAUGAGUUGAGUGAGACAACCGAGACGCUGAAGACUACGGGAUACCUGUGGAUUAUAUGGUAUGACGAGUUUCUACAAUGGACACCUGCAGACUAUGGUGGACUCGAAUAUUACCACUGGCCACAGGGAGAUGUAUGGAAACCGGAUGUAGCACUGAAGAACUCAUACUUAGAUUACAAAGAACUGGGAGUAUCAUCUCUAAACGUGCUGGUUUAUUCAGAUGGUUAUGUGGAAUGGUACCCUUUCCAGGUGUUCCAGUCUACCUGUUCCAUAGAUAUUACAUAUUUUCCGUUUGAUGUCCAAGAAUGCAAGUUGAAGUUUGUUGCCUGGAGCUAUUCGAAAGACGAGGUCACUAUGUAUAGUGGAGCAAAGGGUAUAGAAAUGGAGGAGUUCGAAACCAACUCGGAAUGGGAUGUCAUUGAUACAAACUACACUGUCGACUGGGAAUCUGGCGAAGCAUCUGUAAUCUUUAGUGUCAAAAUAAAAAGGAAGCCACUGUAUGUCCUUCUAUCAGUGAUCAUGCCAAUUAUCAUGUUGUCGGCCCUAAACAUUUUUGUUUUUGUUCUUCCUUGCGACAGUGGGGAGAAAGCGAGCUAUUCCAUUACGGUAUUUUUGGCAUUUGCUGUGUUUCUGUCGAUAAUUUCUGCAACAUUCCCGGAGAAUUCGGAAGUGAUAGCUUUAUUCUCUAUCUAUCUGAUCGUGCAGACAUUACAGAGCACAGUAAUUACACUGAUUGCACUCGUGCUUGCUCGGUGCGCCUCAUUUGAUGCCGACGACACACCAGUACCUCACUGGUUACAGGGCAUACUCACAGUGAUGAGCUGUCAAUGCGGCUGCAGAAGACGUAUAAGAAAGAAUCAAGUGGUAGAUCUGGAAUCUGAUUCCAAAGGAAUUAGUAAAAUGAAAGAAAUUGCGAAGACAAGAUUUGCCUUUUCUAAGGAAAAAGAAGAUGUUCCGAAUGAGCAAGGGUCUCUGGUAUCUCCUUUCAACACAUGGAAGAAUGUUGUCAACAGGCUUGACAUAUUGUUCUUUGUGUUCUUCACUCUCGUUCUAGUUGUCUCAACUUUGGUCUUUUUCACCACUACUGCAACCAGGAACACAUAAACAGUUGUUGGAUGAUACAAAGAACUAAAAUCAAAGAUUUUCAUUUGAUAUAAAACUACACUUUCUUCUAGAUGUUGAAUAACAAGUACUGAUGCAAGGAACACAGUCACAUAACUCUUGUAGAAGUUUAGUUACAUGCAGAUGUUUGUAUAUUAGCACUGUAACCUUGGUGAUAUUGGUUUAAAACCCUGCUCCGCAGCUAUUUAAAUUAUAUUGUGUGUAUGCAACCCAUGAUUACAAUAGGUAACAGUUAAUGGCCACGCGUCACACUUCAGCACGCAAAACCAUAGGGAUUUUACAUAGAAUGGUAUAACAUUAGGACAGCACGUAUUUAUGCAAUCUCGCCAGGCAUAUAUAUGUUUUUGACAACACAGAAAAUGACGUCACUCGACCUUCAGCUAUUUUCGGAAGUAAAUAAAAUGAAAGUAGAAAUGCUAAAUUUGAAAAUGAAAGCCGCAUUUUGAUUCGUAGAUAGUCAGGGGUCACGCGCAGGCGUCACCCCGUCUAAAUGUAUGCGCGUGGACUUCUUCUUUUUUUUCUUUUUGCUAUUGGGGAGCCAAUUUUCAGCACUUUGUUACGAAUUGAAAUUACCUGGGCUUUAGUACAGCAUGUCAGCUUUUAAUCCACGAAAAGAUAUUUGAGCUCUGGAUAAGCACAAAUCCCACAGUGGUCCGUAACGGACCAAGUGUACAUUGAUAAUUUUGGAACUUCAUCAAAUCGCUCAAAAUGUCAUUUUUGAUGUUGUCUGAGAAUGUCAGUAUAUGCAUCAGAUGUAAGAUAUAACCGUAUUUGAGAGCAGCAGACCUAGACAUUUCAGAAAUAUUUUCAAAACAAGUUUCGUGUAAUAAAUGUUGUUUCUACGGAAGCGUGAAAGGGCCAUCAGACGCUAAUACGUUUUAGUACGUUAAGGCUGCGGAAAGGAUAUAAAAUAGACUAUUUUGACAGGUGCCACUGUUCAUAGCCUGGACUUUCAUGCUUUUUCCGUGACAAUUUAAGGUUAAAAGGUAGAACUUGAGCAGGUCUUUAAGUGUUUUAUUUCAACCAUUUUCUUUUAUUCUUUCAGUAUAAUAUUAAUGAAAUAAUAUAUAGCAUGAAAGUGUUUAUACUGAUUCAUACACGACACUGGGAAAAGUGAAAUUGAAAUGUUCAAAUCUAUAACUGCGAAAUUCCGCUGGGUAUAUGUAAAGUGUGUUGUAAUUUACAUUAUCGAACGUAAACCGAGUCUUGCAUUAUUUUGCUUGCAUUCGUUCUCUGCUUCCAUAAUACCUUCUAACAGAUUUUAUCAUACACGAUACGUUCCGCGGAAUGAAUUAGGUACACCUUCGUAACAUUUACCUUUCCGAAGGAUGUAAAACUUCUUCGUCGUGUAUUUAUUAAUCAAAACAAAAUGUUGUUACAUAUCAGUUCGAUACUAAUUAAAAAAGAGAUCGAAUAUUGUACUAGAAGUUACGCAUAAUGUCGUGACGGCUUAGUAUAAAUAAAAUCCGGAAAUUAGAUCCCUCGGAAGCAUCGAGAACAAGGCAAACAGUGAAAAUUGCAGACUCGGUUUGAUUGAGUCUGUUCAUGGGCAGUAAUGGAAAAUGCAACACUGAAGUCAAAACAAUAUUUUUGAUGCUACGUUUGACCAAGAAAGUUCUACUGAUACAUGCAUAUUAUCUAUUCAUUUUAUAUAAAUUAAUAAGAGUUCUUAAAUUUUAAAGAAUAUAAAGACUGUUAUUUGUUUGAAUAUAAACUUGUUAAAUUAAUGUCAAUGUAAUACUGCAUGAUCGGAUUAUUUUUUUUCUUUAAAUUUCUUUAAUGUAGGAUCUGAUUCAACUCUAUAUGUUGAGAACUUCAGAUUAUACUAAAAUUUAGGUGCGUGUGCUUCGGUUUUGCUAGGCUAACUUGAAAAUUUGGACAUCACACAAGUUUUCAUUAUGUAUAGAAUUUUUUGGGAAAUCUUAAUUUCGAUAGCAUUUUCAUGAACUGAAGAUUUUUUAUAGAUUUUAAAGGUGGUCAAUCACAUUUGAGCAACAAUUUCGGACAUUUCAGUUUUCGUAUAUUCGUUUGAGAUUUGUUUAAGGAACAAAAAGACCCCCGUUAACUAGAGUUAGAUCCAAGUUACAAAUGUAUAAUUUGUUACUUUUUAUUGUAAUUAUCUCCCUUUAAUACAAAGGUGUUCUUUGUUUCAUUUCAAUAUAUUUUCUAUUUUUACAUUUGCAUUUGAUAAAUAUUGGAAAUGUUCAACUACCUGAAACAAAAGGUAAGUUUUAAAACAACGUGUAGCUUCAGAAUUUAUUUAUUUUGCGCAACCAAGAUAGACAAAGGGAGGUAAAAAUAAUUUUAUAAACUUGCAUUUCUGAUGAAUUUUGGCAACAUGUGUACUUGUCAAUGCAAAUCUUUGACAUCGUAAUUAUAAUAGUGCUCUUAUUCAUAUUCCUUAGACAAAACAUGUUUAGUAAAUUCAUAUUUAUGUUUAAAUAACGCUAUCUUGGUUGUGCAACCAGGAUAGGAAAAUAAAAGUUUAAAAUACUUUGAGUGAAACUCUGACGUGUAUUGAGAACUCGGAGAACGCAAAUUAGUGUAGAUGAUCAGUUAGUUAAGUUUCGAACAAAUCUAUUGGCUAACCAAAAUCUGAUUAACCACCUUUACUGAAACUUCUCGCCUAUGUAAAUAAACAUAUUUAUUUAAUAUGGCAAAAUAAAAUGUAUAGGUC